AUGGGGUCGGACAAUUCCCGAUCCCUUAUCGUGUGCAGCCGACGGGCUCGUAUCUAUGCGACGGCUGCAGCGGCUUAUCGCACGGAUGGUCCCCAGCCAGUGACAGCCAGUGACAGCCAACAUCCAGCCCUCUUUAAACCCUCAUCAUGCCACUCCACCGCUCUCGACAAGGAAAAGCUGGCCGCCGUCGAAUAUGGCCUUGGCGAAUUGUACGAUGAUUCGGCACUGUUGCGUCGGAUUGACUGGCGCAUUCUACCAACCAUGUUUUUGACAUACUUUCUACAGUUUCUGGACAAGGUGGCUUUAAAUCAUCAAUAUGCCAACGUAAUGGGAAUGCAAGACGAUCUCGGGAUGAAAGGCAAUGACUUCUCCUGGCUCGCCACAGGGUUCUUCAUUGCUUAUGCCGUGGCUGAAAUCUCCCAGGGGUUCUUGCUACAACGAUACCCUAUCACCAAGGUCCUCGGAUUCAAUAUCUUCUGCUGGGGAGUGAUCCUCUGCUGCUCUGCUGUGGCCCAGAAUUUCGCAGGCAUGAUGUCCCUGCGAGUGAUUCUCGGGGUGCUCGAGGCGGUGAUUACUCCAGCCCUAACCAUGUACACGAGCAUGUGGUACACCCGAACCGAGCCCACCCCUCGAUACGGCCUCUGGUACAGUGGCCUAGGCACCGGACAGAUCAUCGGCGGGUUGAUCUCCUUUGCCGCACAACAUGCCCCCUCCACAUUGCCCUUCCACGGCUGGCGGAUCAUGUUCGUGGUCAUCGGAGCAGCCAACAUCCUCGCCGCCCUCCUAGUCUUGUUCCUCCUACCCACCACCCCAACUACAGCUACAUUCCUAACCUCCCACGACAAGAACCGGAUCACACAGCGACUCCAACAAACCAGCCCGGCUGCCCUACUUAACAUGCCCUCAGGAGUGGUCAGUAUUGUGGUCACCAUGGGAUCCACCUUUGCUAUCGCCCGGGGAUACUCGCGCUGGCUGGCUAUUGAUCUCCUCUUGAUCCCUACCUUGCUUGGUGCCUGUCUGAUGUCUUUUCUACCGGAAAAUAACCAGGCAGGUUGUUUGGUGGGGAUAUAUCUCGUGAAUACGACCGUCGCCCCAUUAGCUCUAAUCUUCGCAUGGACUGAUGCAAACUACAAGAGUUAUUCUAUGAAGGUAGCCGGAAGCACCCUCGUCUCUGCCGGUUUCAGCAUCGCCAAUAUCAUCGGGCCGCAGACUUUCCAGGCUCGUGAUGCUCCGGGGUAUCUCCCUGCUAAAAUCACCAUCGUGGCCGUUAAUGCUGGGGCGAUUGUUGUUUCGACUAUGCUGCGGGUGGUGUAUGGUUAUCGGAAUGCGCGGGUAGAUGGUAGGAGCUUAGAGGAACGGCUGGGGAGUGGGAGUGAGAACCAGGGGAGUGAUUUCCGUUAUGUGUACUAG